AAAUACCUCCUAGACGCUCCUAGCCUGAUAACCGCCAAAAGGCUCUCCUCGACGUCCGCGACGGCGGCGGUGAAGCAUUUCUCCUGUGGUCCCUCUUCCUGCUUUCUACUUCUUCUAAUUUAUCUUGGCUCCAAACUGCGCGCGGCCUAAUCACAUUCGUUCAUCCAUGUCUUUCUCCGCUAAUUUUUUGCAUCCGCAAACUCCUCGGCUGCCUCUUUCGCUCCGUCCAGACGGCGGCGACGACGACGACGACGAUAGCAACAACGACUCGGAUGAAACGGUGAGGACACAACUGCCGUCGUCGUCUCAGCCAGGAGCGACGACUCCCUCACCGCGACCAGCCUUCCUGUACUUGCCUCAGACUCAUUCAGGCAGGACCUCUGUCUCAUCGACCGCCAAUUCUACUCCCAUUCCAUCACGCUCUACGUCUCCGCUACCACAGUUCUUCAUUUCACAUGCCUCAUCAUCUUCAUGCUCGUCUGAAACGGAAAGUGAGUCAGGCUCGCCGCUGUUGACAAGGCGGACACCGUCAACAUGGAGGGAAGACAGGCGGUGGUGGUCUUUUACGCGCCGCAGAAGAAGGAGAGGCGGUGGAGUCCUACGGACCUUGAAGAAAUGGACAAGAAGGAUUGUUCGACAUCCGCUCGUUCCUCAGCAGCCCAUAACCAUCAUCCUAACACUAGUGGUCCUUACUGCAUUUGCUAUCUUCCUCCGACUUCUUUUGAUAUACAUCUUCAAUCCUGACAAGGAGCCGUUGCCAUGGCGUGGUUAUUGCUCAAUACCAUCCAUGGCUUCACCAACGGACUACACCAUGUCAUCGACCUAUCCGUAUCCAUACCCAGAACUUUUGCCAACGGAAAAAGAUUUUCCUCCUAAAGACCUAGAUUUACUUCCGCCAGCUGGUCUUUUCAUUGGUGUCUUCUCAAUCGAUUCAGCCUUUGAAAGACGUUCUUUGAUACGUUCCACUUGGGCAAGUCACCCCAGAAGUAGAGAAGGCGCAAGCUCCGGCGAUAAUGGGGUGGGGACGUCUCGGUCGGUCGUUCGAUUCAUCCUCGGUCAACCUCGGAAAGAUUGGGAGCAGCAGAUUCAGCUGGAGAUGGAACUGUAUAACGAUCUUGUAAUUUUACCUGUUUCAGAGAACAUGAAUGGAGGCAAGACAUAUGCCUUCUUCUCCUGGGCAUCACUCAACGCUUGGGUUCCACCUCUAUAUUUCGAUAUCCCUACACCUCCUUUGCGCUUUUCAUACUUAAAUUUGACGACCCCACCGCCACCCCUCGCUCUACACGACUCGGUGCAUGCCUGGAGGGACCAGGAAUCAGGACGUUUUCGAUCUUGGGUACGACCGGAUUACGUUGUUAAAGUCGAUGACGAUUCCUUUGUAAUGAUGGCAGAACUCGAGUCUCGACUGCGCGUGUCGCUCCACGAAACCCCAAAAUCUCAUCAUCUCAACGACACCGGGCCUCACCCAGCAAUACAACUAAAGGAUGAAGCACACUGGAAGACAAAUAGCACGGUUAUAUCGACGUCGUCAGAUCAUUUUAUGACGAUACUAGAUGAGCAGAAAGGCUUGAAAGAUCCCCUGAUAUAUUGGGGAUAUCUUGUCACGAACCGACUGCAUCGAUUCAUGGCUGGAGAGUUGUAUGCUCUCAGUUGGAGUCUGGUCGAUUGGGUAGCCAAGGACCCUGCAAUCAAAGGAGUUACAAAAGGUGCCGAGGACAAGCAAACUGCGAAAUGGAUGACGAUGCAUCCAUUAGCGUCUGAGAUACGAUGGGCUAGUGAGCGUUGCUGGAUAUACGACCACCCGCGGUCUGGCACUGUGUACGCCCACGGCUUCCUUUUUCCUUCCGAAGUAACUCGUGUCAAGCGCAGCGUGGCAUCGUAUCUAGCCAAUGUUCCGCAAGAGGUGACUGGGUCUAUGACAAUCAAUACAGGCUUUCUUCCUGCGCCAGCGUCUUGGGCUCAUUCAAGUGUUUCAACGUUUGGCGUUCGAUAUACACCUCCGGUGUCCAGUCUGUCAACACAUGAAGCAGUGGAAGCUCUUAUUGAAGGUAGCGAUAUGUCUACCAUCAGUGAAGGGAGCGCCAUGUCUUCAGAAUAUGCAUGGGCACAUCGAGAAGGUAGGAAGACAAGAUAUGAAAACAGCCGUUUGGGUGGAACCAUUGUUGUGCACUUCAUCAAGAAGAACAUGUGGUUUUUGGAGACAGCUCUUGCCUUGCUAGAUGGCGAGGAGUAUUCGGAGUCUGAAAGGUAUCAACAACAGGAAUCCGGGCGAGCAGGACAAUCAUACACACCAUCAUUGACACCACACUCGUCCGCAUUGCUACGCACGAAUGUGAAUCUCAAUCAACAUGUUCAUUCAUAACAUUGGCAUAUAUCUAAAACAAUUUCACAUACUGUAAUGUAUAUCAUAUCCCAUAUCUCUUUUCCAUGCUUUCUCAAUUAUUUGUUGGAACUUGGCAUUAUAUACAUUUCUUUCUUUGGAUUGGACUUAAAAGUCUAGUCUGCGUGCGUCCGUCUUGAAUGUGAUGUAUUGAAAGGUCACAGUUUGCUGCUGGAU